AAAACAUUUAUGCAAACACCAGUUGCCCAAAAACAAGACCAGAUUCCAGAACUGCAGGGUUUAACUCAAGCAAGCAAGUUAACUGGCCUCCGGCUUCUUUGGUCGUCGGAGCACUACCAGCUGCUGAAUUAUAUUUCUGUUUCGAUAGCUGAUUUUUGUUUCUAAUGGGUUGGAAAGCAGCUGAGAAACUUAUUAGGCACUGGAAGGUUCUUAGAGGAGACAAUGUGAUGAUCAUAAGAGGCAAAGACAAGGGUGAGACAGGUGUCAUUAAGCGAGUCAUUCGCUCACAGAAUCGUGUAAUUGUGGAGGGCAAAAAUCUGGUAAAGAAACAUAUCAAGCAAGGCCAAGGUCACGAAGGCGGGAUAUUUACUGUUGAAGCCCCUCUUCAUGCCUCAAAUGUGCAAGUAACAGAUCCAGUAACAGGGAGGCCUUGUAAGGUUGGGGUUAAAUAUCUUGAGGAUGGAACAAAAGUUAGAGUAGCAAGAGGCACAGGAGCAUCGGGAUCUAUAAUCCCUCGUCCUGAGAUCUUGAAGAUAAGAGCUACCCCAAGACCUACCGUUGUUGGUCCAAAGGAUACUCCUAUGAAUCUUGUGUUAGAGAAGACGUAUGAUGCCAAAACAGGGAAGGGCAUGCCUGAACUUUGAGAGAACUAGUUUUAGUGUCAUUGCAGGUUAGAUGGAAAAUUUUGCAGAAAAAAGAUGGGAGCCAUAUUAGUUGUCGUAGUCUGGCGAAUGAUUAAUAAUUUCUUGUACUCAACUUCUGCUUCAGUUCAUAUUUUGAUUGGAGUAUUGUACAAACUGCAUAGCCAGAUUGCCAAUUUGCUAUAGGAACUUCUAAGAUUCAAGGCCAUGAGUUCACUUACAACCAUAAUGAAUCACUCUGUUCUUGCAUCAAAUAAUUGUAUGAAGCUUAUUGGUCUUCCAGUUCCUUUGUGAGUACUUGAUCCAGUAGGUGUGCAAAUUCAAUUUCUUCAACUAGAUUCUGGGAAGUUCAUGUAUAAGAUGGCUCUUACCAUCUUCAUCCUGACCAGAAAUUCUAUCCACUAUAAUCACUUGUCAGAAGUCUACAGAGAAAUUGUUUGGUAGCCCAUACUAUCCGUACUGUUGCUGCUGCCAUGUGAGCUCACAUGGACUUGGUUAAAGUCUUAUAAGAUAGACAUAGCUAUCCCAACUCUAUGGGUUAUUUUGUUUAUUUACUCGCUUUUUCUUGGAUAUGCCUUUUCAUCUGCUGUGUUCUUGAUGGCGUAAUUGUGGUCUGGAAAUAGUUAGAUAUCUGGGUCCAGGGCAGGCAGUAAAUAAAGAAAAGACUGACAAGGGUCUGAAGUUGUGACUGAGAUGGCUCUUGCUGGAAACUACAUCAACUUUGGGGUGUUUGAGCUAUAUGGAGACAGACCACUUUCUGAUGCACUUGAGAUUGCACUAAAGUUGGUAUUAUCAAAUUCCUUUGGCUGAUAUAUUGGCGUUCCGGAAGCCAGCGGAUCAUCACCAGCAGCUUUCCCUGUGCUUUGACAAACUAAUGGCAGAUGUUACUAGGAGCUUGGAUUCAACAGGGACAAGUUCACUCAAUACCUCACUGUAUUCAGGAAUGAUUUUUAAUGUGAAAUAACUCAAGCAUUGCAGAAUAUUAUCUGUACCGGCAGCAGAUGUUAGAGGAAUAUAAUGUUGCAUAUUCUCUAAAUGUAAACACGGAAUCUCUGGUUUUCGGAGCAGGCUUCUCUAGUUUAAACAUGGGACUCUCUGGUAACAGAUAAAGGGAAGCUAACUUUUUGAAGUUAAUGGGUUUAUGGAACUUGAAGGAGCAUUGUGAAUUUUUGUGGUGGUUGUAUACUCAACUGUAGCUGAAGGGGGAAGAUACUAAGAUUUUUGCCGUGCUGGUGGUUUGUAGAUGAUAGUGGUGGGUUUGAUAUGUAGUCAGAAAUGGCCAGUUCUAAUAUUAGUCAAUCAUUCUUUUAGACCAAAGGUGUACAAAUCUCCUCCAGUUUGUGUUUAGGAAUGGGAAGUUGUAAGUUGAUCUCCUGCACAUUAACCUCUA